CCGUAGCACGAUGAGCUAGACAACUCAAUACUCAUCAAUCAACAAACCAACCACACAAACUUUCUAAAAGGCUAAGGCUCUAUUUGAAUUUCAAAUAUCAUUUCAUUGCAUGUGGGUUGGCAGCACCAUACCCAACUAUCUAUCUUGUGAGUUCAUAAUAAAUAUAAAAACCUUGAAGCUAGACUCAACAACGACAUCGAUCUUGUCUCACUGACCCUUCUUCUACUAAUUCAAAAUAUGCCUUUCUCCAUUUUCCUCAGAAUUUAAUGUGACCACUUCCCAUUCGCUGUUGGGUUGUUGGCAAAUUUAAUGCCACUCUAUUUAAGUCUCUGCAUUUGUGUCUCUGCCUCGGUCCCUCCUGUCUCAUCCAUUAAAUUUUAAGAAUCUCACAGGACAUAUACUUACUCCAACGAAACAUGCUUCCUUCUCUUCACCACUUUGUAAUUUCUACUUCAUACACUUCUAAUAUCCACACUCACGUUAUGUUAUUAGCCCUUUUAAUUUCCUAGCUUCUUCUUUCUCUCUAUUAUUGUUUCUGGUGAUGAUAGAUGAAUAUGCAUGUUGGGGAUAAGCUUUUCUCGUCACACAGAUGAUAUAUGUUUCAUUAACGAAUGAAUGAUUGUUUUGUUUCUUCUUCAGAAAGUGCAGGAACUUGUUGAUGGGGUUCUCUACAACAUUGGUGCUGCUGGUUCUUAUAACUUCAAACAUGUAAUUAAGGGCCUGAGAUAUUGGUACGGUUCAAUCAGAAGGCAGUGCUUUAUGAUUUCAAAGCUCUCUUAUUUGAUUGAGCCGUGCCAAUAUCACAUGCAAACUUUGAUCAUGGCUUGUAACAAUUGGCAGCUAGCUAACACAUUAAAGAUGUCUCGGGAUCUUCUAACUUGGUGUAGCAAGCAACCAUCGUUGGAACCUAGUUCAUCUUAUGAAAGUUUUUUCCGCGUGUCCGUGAUGAUCAAUUUCUUGGAGUGGGGCACGCAUCAACAACAUGGAAAAAAGAAGAGUAAUGAAGCAAAGGAGAAAUUUCUGCAUAUUUGAGCUUUCUUCGAGACAUCAUCUUCAACUAGUAUUAGAAAUUAGUUAAUCAAGUUACGGUUAUUUUCUGUUAAGAUAAUGUAAUGACAACUACAUAAAUAGUCAUGUACUUGACACAUUUGAUGAAUAAUAUUCAUUUUUUCUCUCAACUCAUAUUAUGGUAUAAGUUUUCUCUGGCCUUUCCCUUUCUCUCAACCACCAUUGAAGCUACUUCUCCGGUUCCAUUGGCCGAGGCUGAAAUCAUACUUCAGGAUGAUUAGCCUCAAAAUCCUUCUUGCCCGUUCUUUCUACAACUUAGGCGAAAAUCCAGGUUCAGUUUUGGUUUUCCAACCCUUGAAUUGCCCCAAUCAUCGCCUAUAGAGUUGUCUAAUGGACGCGUCGGAAAUCCCACGUUAUUUUCACCUUACAAGUUGAUGUUAUAUAUUUUUUUAUGAUUCAUCAAACAUCAUGUAGUGAUAGUUGUAUACCAUGUAAUGUCCUUAUGCCAUCACUCAAU